AUGAACGCAGCAUCAGAAGAAUCGGUAGAAAACCCUCCCGUGGAGUUGAGCUAUCAAGAAGUACAAAUCCGCGAUCGUCUGGAAGCAGCCACCAAGGCUUAUCCCAAGGACAAUGCUGAAGUCGCACUUCAAAAGUUCGUUGUCGAUAAAUGGAUAGAGGGUGUUGCAUUUUGGUAUAAUGGGGCUCGCUAUAUUAUCGGCAAGGAUACAAAACAUUUCCGAAAUAAGAGCCGCUGUAUUUCAAAUUUUCAAUACCAGAUACACUCCGAUCGAAUGUUUCUGAAUCCACUCGGACCCUCAGUUGAUCUUCGAAAUGUCGACUUCGUCGCGAAAAAGACGAAGGUUGUUCGAAAGCAAUGGGCACAUUGCAGUGAAGGCCAAUGGAACUUGCCCACCACCGACGAACACCAUUUGUUGAGGUUCCCAAAGGAAAUACUACUUCGGAUAUUGAAGUAUACCCUGGUUCUCCCCGCCGGCUUCGUUUACCCAAAGUUAGUGAGUUCUAACUGGAGAAGGCAUUACAAUGAACCACAUCACUUUGUCUCUUUGCCAGAAACCAUCACCGUUGAUCACAAUUCGGGUUUUCCAUACAACGCCGAUUACUUCGACACUGAGUUCCCAAUCAUCAAGCGACGAAGUCUCCACGACAACAAGGGAACAUACACCGAGCUCCGUAGAGUAAUUCGUCCCCGGAUCGAUGCAACUCUCCUCCGAACCUCCAAAUAUUUCCACGAGUUCGGCUCUGGAAUGUUAUUUGGUAAUAACAUCCUCUCCUUCAGUGGGACCCAGCAUCGUCAAAGGUCCUCCGACUCAUUUCCUCCUUCACUCAUUAUGAAUUCUGUGUAUAUGCCGAAUUCACAAAGACCCACAGUGAACGAUGAGCUCGGAACAGUGCCCGACGUGUCUGCGGCCAUCCAGCAAAUCCAAGGCCGAAAUUCCAUCAAGGCCUUGGAGGGAUGGUGCUACUACGACGACUUCCUUCGCUUCCUCUACCAUGUCCGACCACGCAACGCUUCGCUUAUCAAGAAAUUGCGAUUCCACGGUCACGUCGUGACGCAUACUUGUAGUGAGGCCCUGGGCUGUGAUAGAUGCUACAAGAAGGAUUUGAUCGCGAGUUUAAAACUCUACAUUCCUUUCAUCAAUCAUUUCUGCCCCGGCCUGCAAGAGUUGGUUCUGGAGGUGGAUUCGGACUUUAUGAUCGAAAAUCUCUACAAGCGACAGCAGGAAUUUGACGAGGUAUUCGGCAAAUUUCUUGAGGAUGGAAUAAGAGAGCUCAAGACAAUGAAUGUCUUGACCAUUAUUCCAAAAUCUGGUGAGCACACAAAAGUUGAGACACAUGUUGCUGCGGAGACUGUAUAUUGGUUCUGGAAAAGAGCGAAUGCGUAG